AUAUCUGGUCGGACACACUUAUUGGGGACACCGGAACCGCGCUCUCGACGGAGCUUGCCGAGAAUCAUGCCUAAGUUUUACUGUGAUUAUUGUGACACUUAUCUGACGCAUGACUCGCCGUCUGUGAGGAAGACCCACUGCAGCGGGCGAAAACACAAAGAAAAUGUAAAAGAUUACUACCAGAAAUGGAUGGAGGAGCAGGCUCAAAGCCUGAUCGAUAAAACAACGGCUGCAUUUCAGCAGGGAAAGAUUCCUCCCACACCGUUCCCCGGUGGCCCUCCCCCUGGUGGUCCUCCUCGCCCUGGCAUGCUACCAACACCCCCGAUGGGAGGUCCUCCUAUGAUGCCUAUGAUGGGGCCCCCACCACAUGGGAUGAUGCCCGGUGGACCUGGAGGCAUGAGGCCGCCCAUGGGAGGACCGAUGCAGAUGAUGCCAGGGCCGCCACACAUGAUGCGUCACCCUCGGCCGAUGAUGAUGCCGGUCAGGCCGGGCAUGAUGCGACCGGACAGAUAAGGCCGAGCGGACGUUGUGCGUCCUUUGUUGCCACGAACAGACGCUGUGUAGUGAGGACACUUGGAUUUCUAAAUGCGACUUUUUUUAAACGCCAACUCUGCCUCCCUUCCACCUGCAACAUAAGUUUCCAAUUAUCAGUUUAUUACUUUAGUUUCUGGUAUUUAUUACUAUUCACCUCAUUUGAAGUAAACUCGGAUUCCCUUAUACAAACCUUUUUUUUUUUUUUGAACAAAUCCUCUAAUUUCACAUGUUCUCACUGACGUACUGUUCAGGCCACAGGUCGGGGAGGAAAAAACACGUUUGAUUUGACAAUAUUUGUUGUUGCUUUGUGUUUUUCAGUAGAUUUUAAAUGUUUUCUUUUAUAUUCCAUUGCAUUGUUUUGAGAAAUAAAACAGUGAUUUCAAA